AUGUUGGCCUUGUUUGUUGCUGUGGCCGCGGUCCUCGGCACAUCGCUUGUACUGGUUGCGUUGUGGGCAGUGCAGCGCGUCCCGAGGUGGGAGUGGGAGUCCUCAACCGUACUCAUCACCGGCGGCAGCGUUGGCAUUGGCCUUGCCACUGCCAAGAGCCUCGCGCGCAAAAAAGUGUCAUUCCUCGUCCUCGCAGCGCGUCGCGAGUCUGUUCUGCGAGAGGCAGUACAGCAGGUGGAGAAAGUCAUCGACGAAUGCCGCAGCUGCACACGUGUGUCAUACGUAGUAAUGGAUGUCGCGGACGAAGCCUCGGUCGCCACCGGCCUUGCCCGUGCCAAAGCGCAGUGCGACGGGCGCCCCAUUAACCUUCUCAUCUGCAACGCCGGUUUUGCGCAUCCAGCUCGUUUCGUGGACAGCGCGAUGACGCACGCUCGGCAGAUGAUGGAGGUGAACUACUUUGGAUGUCUGGCAGUGCUGUGGAGAGUGCUGCCGGAGAUGCUGGAGAUGAAUCAGGGCCGCGUUGUGCUGACGAGUAGCAUGGUGGCCCGGGCACCGAUUGCAGGAUACGCCUUGUACAGUGCCACCAAGGCUGGGCUGCGCGCCUUUGCCCACAGUCUAGACAUGGAGAACAGUUGCCUCGGCGUGCGCGUGCAGGUUGCAAGCCCGCCGGACGUGGCGACACCCGGGUACGCGCUCGAAAACGAGGUCAAGAGCCCCGAGUGCGCCGCCAUCUCGUCGUUCGGGGGUGCAAAGCCAUUCACGGCGGAGGCAAUGGCGCAGGCUAUCGUCGAUGGCAUCACGGACUACUUGUUUGACAUCACGCUUGGGUCGGAUGGCAGGCUGCUCAGCUACGGCUCUGCCGGCAUGGAACCGGCGACGAGUGUGGCAGCGCUGCUGGCGCAGUCUGUGCUCGGCGGCGUGCUGCGACUCGGGCUCGCGGUGUUUUCUAAGAUACACUACAGCAUUGUGAAGAAGGUGCGCCUGUCGGAGGCGUCGUCAGCACCGUCGCCGCGCUGA